AUGAAUGGUGAGGGCAGUAUGAAGUGUGAGGGCAGUAUGAAGUGUGAGGGCAGUAUGAAUGGCGAGGGCAGUAUGAAUGGUGAGAGCAGUAUGAAGUGUGAGGGCAGUAUGAAUGGUGAGGGCACUACGAAUGGUUUCGAUCCUUCACGAUUCAUCGCAGUGUCUCAAGCUCUGAAAAUCGGAGACAACAACGUGAUCGAGUCUAAAGCUGAUCUCGGGAGGAACGUGAUCCUGAGCAGCGGCUGCAUCGUGGGCGCCUGCUGCCAGGUGAACACGUGUGAGGUGGUGCCGGAGAACACGGUGGUGUACGGGUCCAGCUGCACCCGCCGCCUGCAGAGUGAGAAGCCGCAGCCGCAGACUCUGCAGCUCGACUUCCUCAUGAAGAUCCUGCCCAACUACCACCACCUGAAGAAGACGGGGAAAGGAAACACACCUGUGAGGAACUGACGUGGAGCUACACCCACUGACACCCCUUUCACUUCCGUGUUGGUCCUUCAUCUACACCUGAUCUGCUUCGGACCUGAAGGUGUAAAUCUCCUAUGCCAUGUUUUGUUAAUCCGUUCUGCUCGUACAUAUUUCUAAAGACUCUCGUAAGGAUGAUCUGCAUCUCAUUAAUAUGUUGUUUUAUUAACAUCUAUACAAACAUCAGCAUGUCUUCAGGUUGUUAUCAUUGUUACAGUCACAUUCUAAUGUUACUUUAUAUUUUAUUGUCUAUGAACUAAUAUUGUUAUUCACUGUGUUUGUUGGUAAUUGUACUUUGGCAACACAUGACUCAUGUCAUGCCAAUAAAGUGUAUUGAAUUGAA